AAGAUAUCAACAUAAUAAACAACAAUAUGCUUUAUCUUGACAUUGAGUCACUAUUUACCCAUGUUCCUCCCACAGAAACUGUCUGUCACAUUUAUCAAUAUACAGACGAAAACCAGCUGAACAUCGGAUCACUGACGACUCACUUAAAAAAACUACUGUUGAGGUGUACACUGAGUAUGCAAUUCGUACUCAACGAUGUUAAUCACAGACAAAAAGAUGGGAUCGCGAUGGGAACUCCACUGGGCCCAUUGCUAGUAGACUGUUUCAUGGCAAACCUCGAGAAUGGCCUACUCAAAUCAUUGAUUGAUAAUUUCCAAUUAUAUGCUAGAUAUAUGGACGACAUCUUUAUUAUCUGUGAUGAUGGUCGCUAUUCUAAUCAGUUACUACAAAUAUUCAACAACUGCCAUUUAGCUACAAAGUUUACUCUUGAAAUAGAAAACGGAUCUGAAAUCCCUUUUCUUGAACUUACAAGAAGAGGUGACUGGAUUUUAGAAUGUCCAUCCAUAGGAAAUCCAUGUGGAACGGCCAAAUGACA